AUGGCCAGGCGUGAUCAGCACGUCGGCGGCACGGUGGUUCCUGCACUUGUUGAGCGACUCCCACAGGAACUAGUGGACAAGAUAAUUGAUGAGCUCAGCACCGACAGGCGAGCUUUGAGGAGCUGCUCGCUGACAUCCCGACGCUGGCUGUCGCGGAGCUCGAGGCACCUCUUCGCAUCCUUUACACUCGCAGGGGUGAACGAUAUUGCGCCCGUGUUGCAGUCAGCGCAGCGCACCCAAUCGACGCAGCGCAUCCUGUCGAACAUUGUUGAUCUCACGCUGUUUAUUCCGUCCUUCGACUACUUGAAACUGAUUGAGAACCUGCCAUUACUGCGCGAACUCACUAUUUGGGAAAUCGACGACCCUGCCGAGGAGGAGUCUCUCUCGAUGCCGCGACUGAAGGCCGCAGGACGGACCAUUGUAAUCCUCGAAGUACACCGCAUUUCGAUAUUCCUAGUGGACUCGCUCCUGUGGCUGUUCGAAUCUGUGGGCACGCUCCGUCUUCGGGACCUCUAUCACUUCGGCGCCGUGCCGCCGUGCCCCGCACAACACGUCGUCAAGAACCUUGACAUGAGAUAUAUUCACCCGAGGCUCCUACGACACGUCUCCAUGGUACUAGACCAUUCAGCACUCGAGGGUCUUACCACACAGCCUCUAAGCCCUUAUGAGGAUGGUCUCCAGCCCGUCUUAAACGACUUCACGCAAGCGGUUGGCCGGAAUCUCCGGGCAUUCCAUCUCAUGUAUUACAGCGCCAUGUGCGCAGAUUUCGGCCCAGCUCGUCUGCCCAUAUUGUCCUCAUGCGCACACAUGACAUCCGUAACGCUCACAACGGACGCAUUCACCCAUCACUCCCAUCCCAUUCGGCCGAGCCGGGCCCUCGCCUUCUUGACGUCGCUCCCGGCAGCCGUCUGCCACGUCAGGCUCGAGCUCAAGUACUACGAGCCUUGGAUUCGUGGCGCAACGCUGGUCCAGAAGAUACAGGAGGUUGACUGGGCUGCGAUUGGCCGAGCACUCGGGGCGUAUGCGAACCUUGCGUCUCUGGAGAUUGGGGUUAAACGCACUUAUCAUAUGCCAAAUCACGAGUCCUUUGCGGACGAUCUCUCUGCACAAGCUGCUGUGCUCGAAAGGCUCCCCGCACGGCUGGGAGCUGUUGUCGUCUUUAUCUGA